AUGAAGUUCAACGUAAACAACUUCAGUAUUCAAGAUGCGUUCUUCACUAGUACACCUACUAUUCGGUGGCAUCAUUUUGACAAAGUAGACGAAACGGUAGCUACUUUUGACAACCUUAAGAAAAUAAUUUCUAAUGAAAAAAAAUUAUACGUGACGAUCUAUGGUAGGGACAUAUUAGCAGCAAAUAUAGCUAGAUUUGAGAAGAUUGACAAAAUCGUUCCUGACGAAGAAGACGAGGUGACAAUCAUUGGAAAUGUUCCCAUCUUGUACGAAAAAUCGGUUUUCGAUAUACCACAUUUGCACAGCCUGGACAUCAAUGAUGUGGGCUUGGAAGAAAUCAAACCGGGAGCUUUUGGAAAUUUACCACUUUUAAAAUCGCUUGGUCUAAGCAACAAUAAUUUAACAGAAAUUAAAACUGAUACUUUUGUCGAUCUAAAUGUAUCUUACAUAGAUUUGGGCUUCAAUUCAAUUAUCCUUCUACAACCAGGAGCUUUCAAAAAUUUAAACUGUGAUAUCUUGUUACUCAAUGAGAACAAACUCACUGAAUUUCCAAAAGAUGUUUUUAAAAAUGUUACUCUUCGAAGCUUAGAUUUGGCUCAUAAUCUUCUCCACACCAUUGCACCAAAAGCACUAUCAACAAUUGCAUUGCGUGGAUUGAUUUUGUACGGUAAUAAAUUGGACGAAAUAGAUCCGGAAGUGUAUGAUAUUCAAGAGUUAAAGUUCCUUAGUUUAAAUGUCAAUUUAGUCAAGCUUCUGCGACCUGGUGAUUUGAGAAACUUACCAGAGUUAGAGGGACUCAGUCUUCAGAAAAACGAGUUGAAAGAAAUCCCAGAAGGUGUUUUCAACAACACCAAACUCAUCUACUUGAAUCUCAACCAAAACAAGAUCACGCAAAUUGCCAGUAAAGCUUUUGAUGACAUGUCAGCUCUUAGUAGGUUGUCCAUCCAGGACAAUAAUCUGACCCAGUGGGAUAAUAAUUGGUUGAAAGGGGCGAAAUCACUUGCUGACAUUGUAGUGAGUUAUAAUCAGAUAACGGAGAUUCCAGACCAAGCGUUCAAAAAUUAUCCUAGUGUGGAGAUAAUUAGUUUUCAGGGAAAUAAAAUUAGAAAUAUUGCUGCUAAAGCAUUUGAUAAGUUAGAGCACGUUAUUUCUUUAAAUUUAGCUUUUAAUGAGAUUGAUAACUGGAAUCCAGAUCUGGUGGUUAAUGUUUAUAUUGGUACUUUGGAUCUCACUGGAAAUAAGUUACAAUGUGUUGAAGGAGAUUUGGAGACAGUUUUUGGAAAAGUUGUAGAUAUACAUUUGCGAGAUAAUCCUUGGAAUCAAGGGUGUGUCACGAAGAUUGACAAAUUUAUAAAGAAUCAUCCACCAUACCUCGAUUUCGAAUAA